AUGACCCAUCAAUUAUUUAGCGAGCAAGAACAUGCAAAUAAAUAUCAUCUAUAUCGACCGACGUACUCAGAGGAGUUGUACGAUCGUAUUCUGGAAUAUUAUUUCGAUGGAAAACAAACGAAUGAAAAAAUUCCAUUGGCACUUGAUGUUGCUUGUGGCAGUGGUCACGCAACUGUUGACCUUAGCAAUAUCGAUGUUAGUGUCAAUCAAUUAGCAUAUGCAACACCGAAAGAUAAUGUGGAAUAUCAGUGUGCGAAAGCAGAAGAAUUGACCUUUCUCGAAGAUAACUCCGUCGACCUGGUCACUAUUGCCGUAGGACUACAUUGGCUUGAUAUUGAAAAAUUUGUUAGGGAGGUUCAACGUAUACUCAAACCACAUACUGGUGUUCUUGCCGUUUGGACUUAUGCUGCCAUGAUGACACUCGACAAUGCAGCGGCUGAUGCAAUCUAUCAUGAAAUUGAACAGAUUGAACUUUUCUCCUACUCAAAUGCUAAACGAUGGUUAUCCGACGAUUCUUAUUAG